CUGCCAUUCAAAUUCUCAAUGUCUUCCAAGCGAGCUAGAACUAUUGCUUCAUAUAAACUGGAAAUACCUGUAAGCAGCGAAGAUAAUUCUGACGAUGAGGUUACUCGGUGUAUUUGCGGUGACACUGCUUCAAAAGGUGUCAUGGUUCAAUGCGAUGAAUGCGGCGUCUGGCAACACUGUGAUUGUAUGAAUUUGGCAGGAAAGAAACUUCCCAAAAAAUAUUUUUGUGAACAGUGCAAACCAGAGAGUCAUCCAUCUAUCAUACCUGCUUUGGCCGUGCAAUCUACAUCCAGCAAAAAUAUUGCUGAAACUUCUGUUAAUACCAAUUUAACUUAUGGUCAGGAUUCAAGGAAUCCACAAAGACAAUCGUCUGUUGCUUCUUCAGGAAUGUCGUCUCUAGGCGAUUUCCAAGAUGGUGAAUCGAAUUUUCCUGCAACUGCUCACGAGCAGCCUACCAAUACCAAAUCGCCCUCUACUACAUUGUCAAAUUCAAGGUUUAACGUUUCAGCCAAGGACAAAGCAGCGGCUUUACAGAUGUCCAAGACUACACCCAAAAGAAAAUCAAGACAGAAUUCCAUAGCGGCCACUACAGCAUCCAUAGCAACUGCAGCAAAAAAGCGAAACACAUUGAAUAGUCGUGUUGCAGAUCAGUGGAAUGCAGAACUGUUGCUGAUGCAAACCGGUGAUAACCACACUGAGACUGAAUGUAGCAUGGAUGUGGAUGGAGCAUCUGAAGAUGGGACAGAUCAUGAUCCAACUUUACAUGGCACUGAUCCAGAAGCUUCUGUUCCGGAAGAGUUUUUGCGGUCUCGCGGUCAACUUGGUCCACAUUACGACUCGUUUCUAAACGAUUGUUCUAAAUCCAGCUUGCUUGAUAGUGGGGGCGAGCGGUCUAGAAAUCAGAGCAUACAUAAAAACGAUGACAUUAAUGAGGCUCGGGAAGAGCUUGAUGAAGGUUCUGAAUACACCAAUGGUCGAAAAAGGUUGAAGCGCUUAAAUUCAGUUACAGAUGCAUCUACACAGGAUGUAAAAGUGGCAAGCCCUUUAGGAAAAUCCAAAAAAGAGAGACGAUCCAAGUCUAAAAGGGUUAUUCAGGAAAAGUCACAGUCUGAAGCAUCACCACUCCUGAUGGAUUCAGAUAAAUUCAAUUUAAAUGAACGAAAAUCUAGUCAUGUUUCCAAAACAUCGGAGAUUGACAGGACUAUAGAAGGAGAGCAUGGUGCAUUCUAUGCUUCACUUUCUACAAACCCACCUGUACUGGACGAUGAUAAUACUCUGUCAGGUCGUUCCACAAACAAUAAGCGGCGGGAUAAGUUCAAAAAGCUGAAAGGAUCUACACGCAAGCAAAGUGCGUCAGCGUUAGAGUGCACAGUUGAUAGGGAUAGCGAUCAGGGUUUGGCCAAAACAUUUAGUUUAUACGAGGUAGAAACCAACAAAUUAGCAAUGGAUCAUGCGUUUGAUUCAUCCAAUGUUAUUGACUCUAUCCCAGCAGCACACUCUACUGUCGCGGAGGACGAAAGUAUGCCUGAUGAUAUGGCCGUUGCUACACUUGGGUCGACAAAAAAGAAAGCUGGUGGGCGUGGCCGAGUUCCAAAGUCACGAAAAAAGGCAUUGCCUGGUAAUCGAGAUAUACAUGUGUGUGAUGACGACGCAUAUGUUGAUACUGGUAUUGGUUCUUCACUCAAACCCGGACUUGUGGAAAGUGCAUGUCAUCCACAGACUGAUUCUCUAGAUGCUUCCGACAUACUUGCGCCUGAUUCACACUCUAUCCACGCUUCUGGAGAUCAUCCGCUCAAGCCAGAUUCUGACCCUAUAUGUUCUCUAAGAGCACCACCCUCUCCUCCAGUCCAGCCGCACUCGCUGGGUCUAGAUUCCCCGCCGCUGGAGAUUCACAGACGGUUAAAGCAGCUGUACGAGGCUGUACAACGGCUUCGCGAAUCACUUGGCACAUGCAUUGCUGUUGUUCCUCCAGAGCAUAUGCCGCUUAAAAAGUUGAAGGAUUGCUCCCAUGGCAGAUUUGCCAGUGAUGGGUCGGAGUUUCCAUGUAAAGAUUUAAGCAGCACAGUGGAUCCACAAGGCUUGGAUCGCACAUGCCAUUCGAUGAUGUCAGAACUCAAUAACCGUGAUGGUCCACAUUUUUCAACCCAUUCCCAAAUGGACAUAGAUUGUACACCGAUAGUCAGUAGUGAUUUAGCUAGUAUGGAUUCCAACCCUGUAGAUUGUGUUGUAGCCAAUCAAUUAGACGACCAAAUUGUAAAGAAAACCCGGUCGGCUCUUCAGAGACUGAUUAUUACACUGGCAACGCCCUGCUCAAGUGUAGCAGAUAUGGUGGAUAUUCUUGAAGAUGCUUUGGACCAGUUUGAUUCACGAUUUGCAAUGUUGUGAAUUGCAAAGACUGAAUAAAUAAUUUGGUGUGGUGCUGUUC